AUGUUGCGGUGGAAAGGGAAGGAACACACGUGUGACACGACGACAGCCCCUCAGAUUGCCCACAAUGCCUGCGAGAUCCAUAACGAACGGGGUCAGCGACCAAGACCUCUCAUCGGAUCCGUUUUCGCAGCUCAGGAGACUCUCAGAAACCGGCGGUACCUCGGACAAGAUCUUGCGCGGCUUCUUCAUCGGCAUCGCCAUCGGCGUCCCGGUUGCGCUGGCGUGCUGCUGCUGGUACCCGUGCUUCCGUCGCAGUCGGCAGCGGCGGCGAGCGAGACACAAUAG